AUGUCUCUUUUUAUACGAGCCAUUCUAUAUGUAGCACCUCGACGUUUUGCAAGUACUGUUGGUUCGAAUCCACAAGGUACUCAAGAUGAUCCAUCAUCGGCAGCAAAUUUUAUUCCAGAUUUUACUUUUCCUCAAGGUCUUCAAGGUGAUUUAUCAAAGGAAAAUGCUCAUGAUGCUAUUUGUAAUUUAUGGUUACAAAAAUGUAAACUUUAUGGUUAUGAUAAUUGUGAAGAACGUUUACAGAAAUUAUUGGAUAUAAAUUCAAUUCCAAAAAAAUAA